GGCACGACGUGUCCCCCGGCGGGAUGUGGCGCGGCGGCGGGAACGGCAGCGAGGGCGAGCCGGAGUGGCCAUGGCCGUGGCCGCCUUGCGACGAGCGGCUGUGCCUGGCGCUGCCCAUGUGGGUGCUCGUUCCCAUCACGGCCGUCUGCUUGGGGCUCUUCGUGGUCGGCGUGGCGGGCAAUGUGCUCACGGUGCUGGUCAUCCGCAGUUACCGCGACAUGAAGACCACCACCAACCUUUACCUGGGUAGCAUGGCGGUCUCGGACCUGCUCAUCCUCGUGGGGCUGCCCUUCGAUCUCUACCGCCUCUGGCGCUCCCGGCCUUGGAUCUUCGGGCAGCUGCUGUGCCGCCUCUCGCACUAYCUCAGUGAGGGGUGCACUUACUGCACUAUCCUCCACAUCACCGCCCUCACCGUGGAGCGCUACCUCGCCAUCUGCUUCCCCCUCAAGGCCAAGGUGGUCGUCACCAAGCGCCGGGUGAAGGCCAUCAUCGGCGUCCUCUGGGUCUUUGCCUUCCUCUCCGCCAGCCCCUUCUUCUUCCUGGUCGGCGUGGAGCAGCCCGACAACCACACUGACUUCAGCCGCGAGUGCAAGCCCACCCCGCAGGCCCUGCAGUCAGGCCUGCUGGCCACCAUGUUCUGGGUCACCACYUGCUACUUCGUCCUGCCCGUCACCUGCCUCAGCGUUCUCUAUGGCUUCAUCGGCCGCGAGCUGUGGCACAGCAAUACCCGCCGGCGGGGCCCCAGCUCGCUCCGCCGGGAGAACAGGCACCACCAGACAAUCAGGAUCCUGGCUGUGGUGGUUCUGGCCUUUGUAAUUUGCUGGUUGCCUUUCCACAUUGGCAGGAUCAUAUUUAUAAACACUCGGGAUAUGAGGACGAUGCUGUUCUCCCAGUACUUUAAUGUAUUCGCUCUGCAGCUUUUCUACCUGAGCGCAUCCAUCAACCCUGUCCUCUACAACCUCGUUUCGAAGAAGUACAGGGCAGCAGCCUGCAAGCUGCUGCUGCCACGCCGAGCUGCAGAAAGGGCUUUCACGGUAACAAAAGACGCUGGGGGCUACACAGAGACAAGUGCCAGCACAAGGAACGAGUACACCACUGGCUUCUGAGGCCGUACCCCUGCACUUUUUGAGGCAUUCUUUCCUAAGGGAAUUUCAGCAGAGUCACAAAAGGAUGGACAUUUGUUAGGGCAUGUGGUGUUUCUUAACUGUUUGUAUUUAGGAUACCUUUAUUUUUUUUUAACAGAGCAAGCAGGCACCAUAAAAGGACAAUGAUGUGCAACUUGUGAAAGAUGAUAACUCAAUAGGAAAAGCUGGAGUAAAUUGCCAGUAAAACUGUGGGUUUACUUUAUUACAUAUUGUUCACUGCAUGUGUUCUGUGCCAUUUCUAGUAUUUUCUAAAAAUCAUAACACCAAGGUCUGCAGAGGAGCACUUCUUGGGUGCAGUAAUGGGUAAAACUCCCAGAUAGCCUAAGCCAUUUUAAAAUGGUUUCCUUAUACGAGAUUUUACGAAACAGAGUCUCGCAAGAUGUAAUGCAAAAAAAAUGCAARACAGAUGCAAAGAAAGUCACCCACCCGUCUGAACAGCCUUGGAAAAAGACUCAUAUGUUUUUAGUAACUGGUCCUGUAAUCAUGAAGAGGACUUCCCUGGGCAGUUUCACUAAUUUCCCUUAGGAAGGCAUCUGCUCUGCACAGCUCUGGGCUUAACCCUUUUGGCCUGACCCUCAUGAUCAAAUAAGGUCUCUUACGUUAGCAACAAGUCCUCUGCAGCUGUAAAACUUACGAUAUCCCAGAUCCCUUCCUUGGGAUAGAUGUUUGGUAAACGGUAGCAGUGUGUCUCCACUGUGUCACAUUGUGUACUGCGUGUGCAAAUAAUGUGCCAAGUUAACCCAUCUUGCCACAAGCAAGACCCAUCACUGAAUGUGCUGGACUAUGCCCAGGACUAAGUGCUGCAUAAUGCUGCACUACAAGUCAAGAACCAACUCACUAAUUCUGCUCCAAAAGAUUUUAAAUGCAAACUUCAACUGUACAAUUUCAGAAGGAGGCUAGUUGUGACGAAAAGCUAGAAGAAGCUGCAUCACAGUUUUCUCUAGAGGAUCAUCGCAUCUGUGCAUUUUACUUGUUACUUUAUUGGCUCUAGUGGUGUAACUCUGUACCAGAAUUGAUGAAGUGGGACUGUGCUUACAGGAACAUCACUGGUGGUAUGCCCAUGCCUGCCCCUGGUUCUCUGUUAACUUCUCCUUUCAGGCAGUUGUAGAGAGUGAUACUGUCCCCCCGAGCCUUCUUUUCUCCAGACUAAACACCCCCAUCUCCCUCAGCCAUUCCUAACUUGUGCUCCAGACCCUGCACCAGCUCCAUUGCCCUUCUCUGGACUCACUCCAGCACCUCAAUGUCCUUCUAGUGAGGGGCCCAAAAAUUGACACAGAAUUUGAGGUGCUUCAUCAGUGCCAAGUACAGGGGUGCAAUCACUGCCCUGGUCCUGCUGGCCACACUACUGCUGAUGCAGACCAGGACGACAUUGCCUUUUGGCCACCUGGGCAUUCUGACUCAUAUUCAGCUGCUGUCAACCAGCACCCCCGGGUCCUUUUCUGCUGGGUGGCUUUCCAGCCACUGUUGCCUGAAUCUGUAGCACAGCAUGGGGUUGUUGUGACCCAAGUGCAGGACCCAGCACUUAGCCUCAUUGAGCCUCAUACAACUGUUCUCAGCCCAUCAAUCCAACCUGUCCAGAUCAAUUCAACAGAAUUUAACUGCCAGCUCAGAGAUCUCAGGACAGCAGAGUGGAACCCAAGUCUUCUCUGGGUUUUAAAAGUAUGACCAGUUCUCCAUUAAACAAUCUGAAUCUGAGUCACUGAAUAAAAUUUUUAAAAGUUUGAAGACAGAAAAAAAUCUGUCUCACUGCAUACACAUUAGGUUUUCUUUUUCUAUUGUCUUCAUAUUCUGUGGGGAGAGCAGUUGUCUGCAAGGCUUGGGUUAGGUUGCUUUUGCUGGGGAAGUCAUUAAAAUGUUCAGUUGUCAUGAAAGAACAGCUGUUAUUUUGUGGGGGUUUGGACAAGUUAUUAUGAACAGUUAUCUUUGUAAAUGUAUGUAGACCGAGGGGGAAAAGAAGCUUUAUCACAUUGAUACGUGGCUGUGGAGCUGCUUCUAAGUGCCUGCAGUCUCCUGAUAAUGACUUUUCUUUUAUCAAUUGCUACUAAAUUGGACUGGGAGUGAAACACUUGCCUAACAGAAAUUUCCACAAAAGCUUAGGUACCAGAAGCACAAGGUGAGUGGGACAAGAGAGGGAAAUGCCCUGGCAGGAUGCACCCGCUUUUCGAGGGUGCACCCCCUCCCACAGAGAGCCCUGGCACUGCACUGCUCUCUCUGUAUGCUGGCUGUCCAGGGUGGGGUCCCUCUCAGUUGGGACCUCCUUAGCUGGCUGCUCCCAAGCUCCUCAUGGAGUGACUGUGUUUCUGCAGCAAGCUUCAGGCUUGGGAUGCUCUUGUCCAGCCUCAAACAUUGCAGCAGCGGGCUUCUGCUCCSAGUGGCAGACUACAUGGAAAUGGUCUGGUUUUCUGGGAAAGUUAUUCAUAUCCCUAUUAUAAGUAUCCCCUUUGCAUGCUUAGUAGAAUAACACAGGCAGCGAAUCAUACUUGUGAGCUUGUGGUACCUUUUGGUUAAUGCUCUUUCCCCACCAGAACAAAUGCAUAGGAAAUAGAUGAAGUUUGGGGUGUUUACUCAGAAUUAACCAGACCUGGCACUGUUGUCUCUGUCAUUCAGUACUGGAUUGUGUGAGCAGGGAUGUUGUAAUAAAAUAGCACUUCCCAGGAACUCUGUGUCCAGGCUCUCUGUAAUUAUUUCAGAAGUAGUUUCCAUACCACAAAGCUACAAAAUACAAGGGAAAAGGGACUAGAGGGUGCAGAGUACUUUGCCAGGCAGAGAGGAAGAUAUGAAAAUUUUAGAAAGAGAGAGAAAAUGGGGCAGGUGUGUAAAACAAAAGCACAGAGACCAGAUGAUUAAAAGGAAAGCAUGGUUCGAUAGUCUGUUUUGAAAGCACAUSUGUAGUUAUGUUGAAGCUCACAGGAAAGAAAAUCAGUGAUUUGACAGAGCCCUGAGACUUGCUAGAGUUGUGAUUGUACUUAGGAAGAGCUGAACCCAAAGUUAGUCACCUGAAGCUUGACAGGAACCUCAAACUGUUCUUUCUUCAACACAUGAACAGAUUUUUUCUGAACAGAGAGGAAAGAAAUUCCUCCCACGGACCAUAGAUGAAAGGCACAUCUGAGAUCCUGGGGUGGCAUUUGGGAAUGCUUGGCAGGAAAAGG